UUGCGUUCUCAUCGGAGAUGGCUUUUUGGGACCAGCUGCUCGCAAAAGUCGCAACUAUCUAUGUAAGGUAAAAAUAAAACCCCCCGACUAAGUGUCAAAACUCUAUUGAAGGAAUUAACAAUUGGAGAUGAGUCUGUAGCUGGGAAGAAAUGGUACCGUAGCCGCCCUGUAAGAGUUAUGAACAUCUACCGUCUUUUCAUCAUUUCUCUUGCCGAGCACAUAUUAAUCAAGGCAUACGACGGCCCAUCAGUCAACAUACACCUGUCAUCUAUCCCUAUAAGAAUACUCACCAAGAAGAACAAGACAAGUGUUAGUGGGUGCUCACUUCAACUCGUAGUACGAGCUAGCCUUUAUCCUGUAAUACCCACCGAGGGAUAAACGGCGAGAUGACGUUCGGCAUAUCCAAGAGGUCCAAAAGAUCCAAGAGCUUAGACGACGCAAGGGACGAGAGCACAAAUGAUCGCGAGCUCGUUUCUAUACGUCGCUUGACGUCUUCGAGUUUCGCCAUGGCCCCACGCCUGGUGCCGGCGGAUAUCGACAUGGCCGCGGUAUGGAAGUCCGUCGAAGCUCCACGUGGGACAUUCACAGUAGACAAAUCCAAGUUCUACCACCCAUCGGGUCCCUUGGCCGACGAUGUCUUUUGGAUGCCGCUGGCCUCUGGCGAUGUUGGCCAUUGUUCUCGGGACGGAUUCCAGAUCGACAAUGAUUCUUGCUCUUCCCGGGUGUUAUACCGCGUCAAGGAGAGGAAGCACCUGACCAAGGGCUUGCUUAUGCACUGCGGGAGCCUCACAAUCGACUACCACCCAUCCGAAUCAGUCAGUCGAUGCUUUGUAGGGUUCGGGGCAAACGCUGAGCAUCGCCUCAUCAUGAUGCUGAAGACGGACUGCCAGCAAGCUGCGGUAAAGGUCACCGCUUGCAUGGCUAGUUUGUUGCAUAGCAAGCUCCAGCGGGAGGGUAGCUUGACGUGGUUGAAGCCGGGUGUGGUCGCCGAUAAGUUGGAGAAAGCUGCCGACUCAUUGAUUGACAUUGCCACGUUGGUUGACCGCUUCAUCCAGACGAUGAGAAAGCUCUAUCAAGGCAAGGAUCGAGAGGGCGGUAUGCCUGUUGGAUUCAAAAGGGCUCUGUUGCUGCUCGGCCUGACCAAGUGGCAUCGCAUCCACCGCGCCAUCAAUGCCAUCCAGUGCCUCAAGAAAGCUUUUCAGAUCGUGGCGGACACGAAUGGACAUGCGAGGAGGAGCAGCAGCAAGGCCCAGUGGUGUAUUGCGGCCAACGUGUAUGGCAUGCUGGGUUGGAGACGAGCACCAGCCAGCCUCGCUCAGCAACAAAACGUGUUGCCCAACGUAUCGACGUCGCUUGAGAUCCUUGGCGAGAUGGACUGGGCCAACUUCCAGACGAGGGACGUGGAGGAGAGAAUGGGACAAGCUGGCGUGACUGUCAGCAUCACCAAAGAAGCCAGCUUUACUCCUGCAACGUUCCGAACUCUGAUGCGAUUUCUGCAACACCGGUCGAUGCAAGAGCCACGAAGCUGGACGGGGGAAAUUCUGCCCGCUCACUUCCGAAUGUUGAAGGGUAUGCCGUGGAUUAGGCAUUGCUGGGUUCCAGAUGGCACCUUCUUGACGGUAUUGUCACUGCCUACUGUGGAGGUGUAA